UGGAACCGCCAAAAUAAUUGUCACUUUUUCGCCGACAAAUACAGUUUUUCCGUUGAAAAAUAAAACGUUUUCCAUCUGAAUUCGAUUGUUUAAUCUUUUCAAAUCGUUAUUUCGUGCAACCAUCGCUGUUUAACGGGAUUAAUAUUAUAAAAAUCGCAUAUAGAACGACAGUAAAAUGGCAAAAGUGCACAUAACCAAUGUGGUUGUUCUCGACAAUCCCAGUCCCUUUCUUAACCCUUUCCAGUUCGAAUUGACCUUCGAGUGCAUAGAAGAACUUAAAGAAGACCUGGAAUGGAAGAUGAUAUACGUUGGUUCAGCAGAGACAGAGGAGCAUGAUCAGGUCUUAGAUACUAUAUACGUGGGUCCAAUUCCCGAGGGUCGUCACAUGUUUGUCUUCCAAGCACCAUCUCCAGAUGUCAACCGGAUACCAGAAAAUGAUGCUCUCGGCGUAACCGUAGUCUUACUAACGUGUUCUUACCGUGGGCAGGAGUUUGUUCGUGUUGGUUAUUUUAUCAAUAACGAAUAUAGUGAAUCUGAGCCGGAGUUACGUGAGAAUCCACCAGCGAAGCCCCAAUUCGACAAAGUAGUGAGAAAUAUAUUAGCUUCAGAGCCUCGAGUGACCAGAUUUAAGAUUAACUGGGCGGAACCAGACCAACAAGGCGCGACGGAUUCCGGAGAUGGCAAUCUAGAAGCUUCCCAUGCUCCGAGUAAUGAUUCGUACGGUGCUAGCUUUAACGCUGAUAGUCAGAUAAGUGGAAUGGAAUUUCAGGGCAGCUUAAGUGGAUAUGGUGACAAUUCAAAUUCUAUAGCGCCUAUGGAAUGUUGAGAUUACCAAAUUCUAGUAAAUGAGAUUGGAACUAUGCUAUAAAACGAGCAGAUAGGAGAAACUGAAGAAACAACAGAGAAUAAAUAAUCUAUAGUAUUAGAAGUAAAAUUGACAAAUUGCCAUUAUGAAGCACUGGGAUUGUUGUUUGUAACAAUAAUAAAGCAGGAGUAAAGAAAUGUAAAUUAAAACUCUAAAAACAUUGGAUCUCGUUUUCUCAACCGAAACUUAAUAUCAUCAGGUCAUGUCGGGUUAGUGUGCUC